UCUUGAUCUAAUUUUUUUUUUCAUUUUUUUCAUUCCCUCUUUUUUGCAACCAUGGAAGAGAAGCAAUACGAUAAAAUCUUGAUUAAAAACCUCGUUUUAAAGAACGUAGCUGGUGUAGAAGCCUGGCAAAGACUCAAAUCUCAACCAGUGGCUAUCACAGUUGAGUUGCAUACAGAUAUCACAGCUGCAGGAAAUACAGACCAUGUCACAAAUACAAUCCAUUAUGGCCAUGUAACCAAGGCUAUCACAAAGCUAGGAGAAACAAGCACCUUUUCUUCCCUUGAAGCUCUGGCACAUGCUGUUGUCAAAUUAGGUUGUGUCCAAUUUGGUGCUGCAAGAACACAAGUGACAGUAGAACAACCCAAGGCAUUGCUGCAUGCUGCUGCUUCUGGUGUCAAAUUGACUCGAGCCAUUGAAGACUACCAAAAUCUAGAUAAAGAUGUAGUAGAAACAACAGGGGAAGUGUCAGGUUUGGGUGUAAAAGAUGAGAUUUUUGUACGUGAUCUACGUUUACAUACUAUUGUGGGUGUCAAUCCUUGGGAACGAGAGGAAAAGCAAGUAGUGAUUAUCAAUCUCAAAGUAUACCCUUCCUCUUUACCUUAUGGUGAUAUCUUUGCUGAACAAAACAAAUCUCAUAACUUGAGAACCAUUGUACGUACAUUGACUCGUCAUAUCGAAGCCUCUGGAUACAAGACGAUCGAGGCCUUUGGUGUGACAGUGGCCCGUUUGGCUUUAGAGAAAUGCCAUGUCAACAAAGUGUCUGUUCGCGUUGAAAAACCAAGUGCUAUUUUGUUUGCUGAUUGCUCUGGUCUUGAAGUCACUCGUGAUCGUAUUUGGUUAAAGCAGACGAUUGAAGAAGAAAAGAAAGCAGGUCAAAAGUUUAUUCAUUAUGACAGUAUGUUGCACUACAGUAAAGAGGUGCCUGCCAACUAUAACCAAACAGCCUAUAUUGCAUUUGGUUCUAAUAUCGGUGAUCGUGUGGAUAAUAUUAACAAGGCUCUUGCACUACUGGAGAGUGAAUGUAGCAGUGCUGUCCUCGACACAAGUUUCCUGUACGAAACACCCCCUAUGUACUACACUGAACAACCAGCCUUUUUAAAUGGUGUCUGUAAGAUUGCUACUUGUCUGGAUCCACAUGUUCUUUUGAAGAAACUAAAAGAUACUGAAAACACAUUGGGUCGUCUACCCAGUUUCCGCAAUGGACCUCGUCCUAUUGAUCUCGAUAUUUUAUUCUACAAUGAUUUAGUGCUAGAUGACGGAGAAGUGCUCACCAUUCCUCACAAGUCUAUUCAGGAACGCGAAUUUGUCCUCUGGCCUUUGAAUGAUAUCGCUCGUGAUAUGGAACAUCCUCGUCUAUUUAAGACAAAUGGGCAACUGCUAUCUCAGUUACUCAAAGUCACAGCUGAAAGCAAAGAAGGUCCAUUGAAGAUCGAUAAAGUAUCACCUAUUCAACAAAACAAAUUGUGGCGUUGGAAUGAAAAGACAUACAUUAUGGGUAUACUCAACACAACACCCGAUAGUUUCUCUGACGGUGGCAAGCACAAUGAUCUUGAAUCUGCUGUUGCUGCUGCCUGGAAAAUGAAAGAAGAAGGCGCUGAUAUCAUUGAUGUGGGUGGUAUGUCUACUCGACCUGGUGCUGAUGAUACUUUUCCUGAAGAUGAAGAGAUUCGCCGUGUGGUGCCUGUGAUCAAGCAAUUACGUGCCUCUGGUUUCGAUUUGCCUAUUUCUAUUGAUACUUUCCGUGCUUCUGUUGCUGAAGCUGCCGUCAAGGCUGGUGCUGAUCUGAUCAACGACAUCAGUGGUGGUUCUCGUGAUCCCAAUAUGCUCAAGGUCAUGGCUGAUUGUAAUGUACCUGUCUGUUUAAUGCAUAUGCGUGGUGAUGCUCAAACCAUGAUGUCUACCGAGAACACAACGUAUGAAAAUGAUGAUGUAGUGGAUGAUGUGACGCAUGUAUUACACCUUCUUGUUGAACGUGCUAUUGCUGCAGGUGUCCAUCGUUGGAAUAUUAUUGUGGAUCCAGGUGUAGGGUUUGCAAAGACAGCUGAGCAAGAUUUUGAAUUACUGCGUCAUUUGGGAGACAUGUCUGAGGGACAAGAUUCUUUGUUACGCGGUUUUCCUUCUCUGGUAGGCAUCAGCCGCAAGAAAUUUAUUGGUGGCGUCACUGGUGUCAAAGAGGCUGAAAAGCGAACAUUUGGCACUGCAGGUGCAGCGGCUGCUUGUGUUGCCGGCAAAGCUAAUAUUCUACGCGUACACGACGUUCGCCCCAUGUGGGAAGUUGUUCAAGUAUGCGACCAAGUGUGGAGAAAAAAAGUAUAGUAACAAUGUUAAUAAAAAUAGAAUAAAACACAGGUUAGAAAUCAAA